AUGUCGGCAGAUUCUGGUGACAUUGCGAUCACCGUCAAGGUGACAGCGUCUCAAAGCUUCGACUUCCAUAUCCGCCCAAAUGACACCGUAGACUUUGUUGAGCGCAUGGUCUUGAGGAAGGUGACUGAAGACGGCCUGAAGCUCACUAGGAUGGAAGUGGUAGCAGCGACUUCUGCCGGAGACUGUGUCUCUGUCGGUGAUGAUGUUGUGUCUGACGCAAUCAAAGAUCGUGCGGUAAUGCACAUGUUCAAUCCCGACCCUUUAUACCCGUCGUGGAACACAUUGCCGGAGAACCAGCGGAAUGGCAUACUUGGAAGGCUGACAAAACCGGCAACACUACCAGAGGUCGAAAAGCCCGCCAAAGAAGGCCCUAUCGACCGGUACAUGACUAGGUCGCGCUCAAGGAAACUAAGAAUGUCUAGGCGCAAGCCGGAGGGCAUGUCCGUCAUCAACAAGCUGGAACCCUCAUUGGACACAGCACAGCUUGAUGAAAUGCAGGUCGAAGACUGUCCUGGUAGGGGAAAGACCGAAAUCACGGCGAACACACCACAGCUCGAGACCGCGCGUCUGGAGGACCUCUCUGCGAAAGUGGAAACCCCGGAAUGGCAGCGUACUGCGGUCUUUGGCCAGCACGACGGGCAACAAAUGAACAGUGGGGACCAUGUCAAAACAAGAUCGCAAAGACGAAGACAUCUCGCCGGGGAAAAGGCAAAAGGCGCUGGCAUUCCCAAAUUUUCAGGAUUCAAGCAUGAUAUACGGCGCAGAAUCAGCAGAAAGAAACGCAGGCUCCUCGAUGUACAGCGCUGGAAUAGCCAGAAAUACACACUGACUGACAAGGCCAAAUUGGAGGCGAUCAGCAAAGAACUGGAGCAAUGGUGA